AUGGCCUUCGCGGCCUGCAGCAGCAAUACGACGGGCCGCAACCCCGCGACCACGGGAAGUGAGGAGCACUGCUUUGCGCUUGAGACAAUGUCGGAAGAUGGUCAGGGAUGGGUGCUGGACGAGCUGGGGCAGAAGUUAGUGGGCCUGAAGCACCGCACACCUCGCGUGGCUUGCCGUACGACGCAGCUCCUGUCGUACCGGGGGGACAUGUCCGAAGGAGACAAGUCCAUGAGGUGUAACCGACUGGAUCUGGAUCUGGGCUGGGAGGCCACCACCCCGGCCGCGGAGGGCAAGAUCUUCACGGGGCAGGCCAAAGUGACCAUGUGCAACAAGGACAACCACGAUGUGGUAGAUGUGGCCGUGUCCGUGGACCCCGCGUGUGUGGCAGCUCUUCCCGUGGGGGAGAGGGAGCGGGAGCGGGAGAAGAUGGUGGCGGAUGUGGUGUAUGCAGUGGAGUCUUUGGAUACGGCCAUCAUGGAACAGCUGAACGAUUUCCUCUGGUCUAUGGAGCAGCACAACGCGAGGAGUCCACAGGCACAGGAAGAAGACACUGUCGCGGAGGGCGCGGAGGGCGCGGACUGGGGACGAGCUUAG